AUUUCCCUAUAUUAGACGGAGCUGCGGUUGGGUGUUGCAUGCAUUAUCACUUGUGCUAUUAACUCAAGCAAAAAUCCUCCGUCUCAGAUCUCCAUCAUGCCUUCUUUCUCAGUGUCUCAAAUGAUUACUGAAGAGGAGGCCCGUUCCGAGGCGGAGGUGUCCGCGGUGGAGAAAUGGUGGCGCACCGACCGUUUUCGCUUAACCCGCCGCCCAUACUCCGCUCGCGACGUCGUCUCCCUCCGCGGAACCCUCCAUCAUUCAUACGCCUCAAACGAAAUGGCCAAAAAGCUUUGGCGCACCCUCAAAUCCCACCACGCCGCCGGCACCGCCUCCCGCACCUUCGGCGCCCGCACCUUCGGCGCCUUGGACCCCGUCCAAGUCGCCAUGAUGGCCAAACACCUGGACACCAUUUAUGUCUCUGGCUGGCAAUGCUCCUCCACCCACACCACCACCAACGAACCCGGCCCCGACCUCGCCGACUACCCCUACGACACCGUCCCAAACAAAGUAGAACACCUGUUUUUCGCCCAGCUCUACCACGACCGCAAGCAGCAAGAGGCUCGCAUGACCAUGACUCGUGACCAGCGGGCCAAGAUCCCUUUUGUGGAUUACUUGCGCCCCAUCAUCGCCGAUGGCGAUACUGGUUUUGGUGGGGCCACGGCUACGGUUAAGCUAUGUAAGCUUUUCGUCGAGCGCGGCGCCGCCGGGGUGCACAUCGAAGACCAGUCUUCGGUUACGAAGAAGUGCGGGCAUAUGGCGGGGAAAGUACUGGUUGCUGUGUCCGAGCACAUUAACCGGCUUGUUGCGGCAAGGCUCCAGUUCGACGUAAUGGGGGUCGAAACCGUUCUGGUAGCCCGCACCGAUGCCGUUGCUGCCACGCUCAUUCAGUCCAACGUCGACGUGCGUGACCACCAGUUCAUUCUCGGGGCGACAAAUCCUGAUCUUAAACGCCGAAAUUUAGCCGCCGUGCUGUCCGCUGCCAUGACGGCGGGGUGACGGCGGAAAACGGGGGCAGAAUUGCAGGCCAUCGAAGAUGACUGGCUCUCCCGCGCCAGACUCAUGACUUUUUCAGAAGCCGUUGUAGACGCCAUUAACCGCCAAAACCUUCCGGACUACGAAAAGCGACGACGGAUCAACGAAUGGGCCGGCGCAAGUGAAUACGGGAACUGUAUUUCCAACGAUGAGGGACGUGAAAUCGCGGAGCGGUUGGGUGCAGGGGAGAUUUUUUGGGACUGGGACAUUCCUAGGACUCGAGAAGGGUUCUACCGCUUCCGUGGAUCGGUGGAGGCAGCUGUGGUGCGAGGCCGGGCGUUUGCGCCGCACGCUGACCUGAUAUGGAUGGAGACGUCGAGUCCUGACCUUGUGGAGUGCAGCAAGUUUGCGCAGGGGCUGAAAGCGGAGCACCCGGAGAUAAUGAUGGCUUACAACUUGUCCCCGUCGUUCAAUUGGGAUGCUGCGGGGAUGACGGAUGAGGAGAUGAGGGAAUUUAUACCGAGGAUUGCGAGAAUGGGAUUCUGCUGGCAGUUCAUUACGCUUGCCGGAUUUCAUGCCGACGCGUUGGUGACGGAUACGUUUGCGAGAGAGUUUGCGCGGCAGGGGAUGCUGGCUUAUGUGGAGAGGAUACAGAGGGAGGAGAGGAACAAUGGCGUGGAUACGCUGGAGCAUCAGAAGUGGUCAGGGGCAAAUUACUAUGAUCGUUACCUCAAGACUGUGCAAGGCGGAAUCUCUUCCACCGCCGCAAUGGGCAAAGGGGUGACGGAGGAGCAAUUCAAGGAGCAAAUCAGGUCCGGGACGAGGGGACUGAACGACGGUGGGAUUACAGUUGUUGCCAAUUCUAGGAUCUGAAGAAAGAAUGGGUGUGGAUUCGAUGUUUAGGAGUGGAUGGAUUUGUAAUCCGAAUUUUAUUUAAUUGAUGGAGCGCCUCAUUGGUUUUAAAUAUUGUGUGGAAUAGCAUUAUGGUAAUUUGGUCUGCAUUGUUCUAGUAAUUUGUUCUGCAUUGUUCCUGUAUUUGCCAGUAUUGCCUGGCUAAACUGUAUCCGAAAGUUUAUUUUGACAUCAUAAU